ACCAACUGUUGGUUAAGUUUUUAAAAUGAGUAGAAACAAGGAGCUUUUAUCGAAAAUAGGGUUGCGUUUAGAUGGCAGAAGAGCAAAUGAAUUACGUAGAAUACGCUGUAAAUUGGGAGUUUUCACUGAACCGGACGGUAGUGCCUAUAUAGAACAAGGGUUAACAAAAGUUUUGGCUGCUGUUUAUGGACCUCACCAAGUUCGUGGACAACGUUCAAAAGCGCAACACGAUGGGGCUUUGGUAAAUUGCCAGUUUAGUAUGGCAGUCUUCUCAACAGGUGAAAGAAAACGUAGACCCAGAGGAGACAGAAAGUCCACUGAACUAUCAAUGCACUUACAACAGGCUUUAUUAGCUGCAAUUAAGACUGAAUUGUACCCUUGGUCUCAAAUAGAUGUUUAUGUGGAAGUAUUACAUGCUGAUGGAGGCAUUUACCCUGCCUGUGUGAAUGCUGCAACAUUGGCUUUAAUUGAUGCUGGUAUUCCUUUGAAAGAGUAUGUUUGUGCUUGUACAGCAAGUUUGGCAAAUAAUGAUGUUCCUAUGUUGGAUAUUUCACAUCAGGAGGAGGCUAUAGGAGGGCCUACUUUGACUGUGGCUGCUUUACCAAUGUCAGGGAAAAUUGUGCUAAUGGAGAUGUCACAGAGGUUUCACUUAGAUCAUUUGCCAAAAGUAUUGGAGAAGGCUUUGCAGGGUUGCAAGGAUGUUAAAAAUAUUUUAGAUGAGGCUGUCAGGUUGCAUGUGCAAGAUGUUGGAAGUUCUACAGGAUGGGUUAUUAAGAACUAAG